UGCUAUGUCAUUUCUUUUAAAACAUCUACGAUAUAGUUUGGUUUUUUGUGUACACAAAUGUACUGUACUGACAACAGGUCUCUUUAAUGACGGAAAAAUAAUUAAUAUCAAAUUUUGCGAUGUCUAUGAUGAAGUAUAGGUCACAGUUUUACAAUCAGAACAGCCAUUUAUAGCCACUAUUUUGCACAGUCAACACUUCACAGAAAUGGUUCUGUGUUGAAGGAGAACUGAAAUGCAUAUUUUAAAUGUUACAUUAGCCAUCUGAAUGAAGCCAAUCAAAAGUUCAGUAUUCUUCAACACAAAUGUUAUCUUCUUUUUGCAAUUUUUUUGCAAAACAUUUCUAGACUCUUGUUCUCUCUCUCACCACCUCUCUCCGUCUACCUCUCUCUCUCAUUUCACGGGCAGCAAAAGCGCAUGCGUCAGAAGGCGGGAGCGGGGCCCCGGCUUCUGGUGGAAUAGCCACUUCUCCCCAUCCUCUUUAACUUCAUUAUUGGGGAUCUACACACAGCACGCGGCCAACCGGCGGAGCUGCGGUGCUGGAAAAUGAGACACCGGAGCGGAUAAAUGGCUAAGUUUAAGAUGAAAGUCUGCCGGCAGUGGCUGCUUUUUGUUUUAUUUCUCCCUUUAUCGGGUGUUUUAUGUUUCAGUGAGUUGUCCUUCAUCACGGAGCCCAGUGAUGUUACUGUACUACCAAAGGACCCGGCUGUCUUGGACUGUCAGGCUCAUGGGCUGCCUCCAGUCACCAUCAAGUGGCUGAAAAAUGGAGUUCGGCUGACAGAGAGCGAGCACAUAAAGUUCCUGUCAAAUGGCUCUUUGCACAUACCAAAAAUAAAGCAUACCAAGGAGGAUUCAGAUGAAGGGUUCUACCAGUGCCUCUCCCAGAACAAAUACGGAGCUAUCCUAAGCCAAAGAUCAUGCCUGACUAUCCCAACUAUUUCUGAGUUUAUUUUGCAUCCUGUGCCUGUUGUGGUGAUUGAAGGGUCAGUGGCAAGAUUCUCUUGUGCAGUCACCUCCAACCCCCCUGCAACCAUCACUUGGGAGCUCAACCAAAGCACAUUACCACUCCGGACAGACAGACUUACAGUUUUACCAAAUGGAGUUCUGCAGAUUCAUAAUGUUCAACUUGAAGAUGCCGGGCAGUACCGAUGUGUGGCAACUAACAUUGGUAGCAGUAUGAAGAGUAGAGAAGCAUCACUUAUAGUUAACACGGUUGCUGUUCCUAAGUCACGACAGAGGCCCAAAAUCAUUGCCGGUCCUCAGAAUGUCACAGCUUCACUUCACCAAACUGUAGUGCUGGAGUGUAUGGCCACAGGAAACCCCUGGCCCAUCAUCUCCUGGAGCAGAGCUGAUAGUAAAGCCAUCGAUGUGUACAAUGCCAAAGUGCUGGGUAAUGGUAACCUGGUUAUCACUGAUGUCAGCUCCAAGCACAGUGGUGUCUACCUCUGCAGGGCCACCACUCCUGGAACCCGCAACUACACCAUCGCUGCAGCCAACAUAACAGUUCUAGUUCCACCAACUAUUGUUGAAAAGCCUGAAAGCCAGACCCGUCCUAGAGCUGGCACUGCCAGGUUCAUGUGUCAGGCAGAAGGAGUGCCUUCACCCCGCAUCAGUUGGCUCAAGAAUGGAGAAGAGGUUCACCUAAAUGGAAGAAUAAAAAUGUAUAACAGUAAAUUGGUUAUAACCCAGAUCAUCCCUGAGGAUGAUGCCAUCUAUCAGUGUAUUGCAGAGAAUGAACAGGGCUCGGUGUUGUCAGUGGCUCGCCUUAUUGUUGUCAUGUCCGAGGACAGACCCAGUGCACCCAGAAACAUCCAUGCUGAGACCAUCUCCAGCUCUGCUAUCCUGCUGGCCUGGGAGAGGCCCCUGUACAAUGCAGACAAAGUUAUUGCCUACUCCAUACAUUAUAUGAAGGCUGAAGGACUGAACAACGAAGAAUACCAAGUUGUUAUUGGCAAUGACACCACCAGUUACAUUAUUGAUGACCUCGAGUCAGCCCGAAACUACAGCUUUUACGUUGUGGCUUACAUGCCAAUGGGAGCCAGUCGUAUGUCCGACCAAGUCAGUCAACAUACCCUGGAGGAUGUACCUUUGCGUACCCCAGAGCUGAGUCUCAGCAGCCACAGCUCCACUGACAUCCAGGUUAGCUGGCAGCCUCUGCCAGCCAAGAUAAGCCGAGGUCAAGUGUCUGCGUACAGACUGUCCUAUCGUACAGCGACGGACAACACAGUCACCUCUGUGGAGCUGCCUCAGAACAACACCAAGUAUCUGCUGGACAACUUACAGCCUGAUACCAUCUACCUGCUUCGUAUCGCUGCAUCCACCCGUGUAGGCUGGUGCGAGCCUUCAGCUUGGACAUCUCACCGCACACCUAAGGCCUCCAGCAACAAAGUGCCUUCAGCGCCUGUUCUUCAACUUGAGCCGCUUAACUGCACCUCCAUUGUGGCUCGCUGGCAAACUUCCGUGGACUCUGUGGUUGUCCAGGGAUACCGGCUGUGUUACCAUGAAGAAGGACAACCAGAGCAACCCAACAUCCAGCUGCAGCCUCAGACCAACUCCUACACCAUCAGUGGCCUUGACCCAAGGAGAAUGUAUCAUGUCAAGAUCCUGGCUGUCGGUCAAGCUGGAGAUGGUUAUCAGACAGACCAAACUAUCAGCACUCCAGGAUGUCUGUCGGCUAGAGACCAACUGACAUCCUCACCUCCACCUCCAGAUCAUGUAACUGUCACAGCAGGAAACUCAUCCUCAGUGACACUACGCUGGAGCUGCCCUGCAUUUUCUUCAGGAAAGGCCGUUAGCUUCACGGUCCGCUGUACACCUGUGGGCACCCAUAAUGCAUCUGCCAUACGCUUCCUACAAACGACAAAACAGAACGUGGUGGUUCUGAAUUUGGGUCCAAACACUCGCUAUGAAUUUGUUGUCCGUCUCCAUGUCGAUCAAAUGUCCAGUCCAUGGAGUUCAGUUGUUUACCAUCAAACUCUGCCUGCAGCACCUGGCCAACCACCUGCAGGUGUGCGAGUGACGCUAAUCGAGGACGACACAGCUCUUGUGUCCUGGAGGGAGCCCACAGAGCCCAACCUGGUGGUCACACAUUAUACCAUCCUGUACGCUUCUCAGAAAGCCUGGAUGACUGGUCACUGGCAGGUCAUACAGAGGGAGGGAAUCCACACUAUGGCCCUGCUGGAGAAGCUGGAGCCAGGGAACAUCUACCUGGUGAAGAUUUCUGCCUCCAACCAGGUUGGUGAUGGUCCUUUCUCCAACAUCGUGGAGCUGCCUCUGAAGCGAGGAAACAACCACCGCACCCACCGUCACUCUGACAGCCACCCAGACAGGACAGUGUUCUCUGAUGGCCUGUACAACAUUGACCACAGGUCAAUGACAGGGAUCAUUGUUGGUGUGAGCAUUGCCUUGGCCUGUAUUGUCAUGUGUGCUUUGAUCCUCAUUAGCAAGGGUCGUCCAAGAAAGUCCAGUCACAAAAUGAUGGCUGCGGGACCAGCUGAAGGUCCACAUGCUGCUGUGUCCCUGUCCAGGGAACGUCACACAGAGAACAUGGACGUCCUUAUACCUAUGAUAAGCAGUCACUUCUUAGAUGUCAAAGGUGGAUCUAACAUAAUCAUUAAUAGUGCUGGUCCAGUCAACAAGACCAACAAGUGGCUUCUGUUUAAGAGAGAGACUGAAAACCCACCAGAAAGUGACGCGGAGAGGAACGCCAGCUUUUAUGAACGUGGUAAAACCAUACUGAGGUAUGAUGAAAAUCUAGGUUCUGCUCCUCUGGCGCCUUCAUCACGGGAGAUCAUCUAUGGACCAAUGCAUUCAGAAAGUUCUCAGAGCAGCGAGGGUAGUCAAGAGACAGGAGACUCUGGACACUACUCCAGUGAAGACAGCAAUGAGGAAAUGAGCAAUCCUUCCACAAGUCGAAGUUCUAGGCCUGAAUCUAUUGGGUCAAACGAUGGGAUCGCUGUCUCUGAGCUAAAGCAGUCUUUGGAGGUAGAAAACGAGAAGAUGCUGAGCCGUGCCCUCCAUUACUCAGCACCUGGUGAUUCUCUGCUCUGCUGCACUUUGGAGGGCUCUCAUCCCGACCUGCACACUUCCCAAGCUGCUAGCUCCUGACCUUCCCAGGCCAACGUCUGCUCCUCAGCAGCUAGAACUACACCAUUUCUGUCUCGUUUGAUUCUCUCGAGUUGAGUGCCUCCAUUAUUACCUGAGGCCCAGAGGAUCUGCAGAGCUACUGCUUAGGUGGAGAGAAUGUGCUUUGGCUCCACAUCUACCUCAGGAUAUUGUGUGAACGAUUGUUACAACAUUUUAUUUCCAUUUAAUUUUUACAACUUUCUACCUGUUUGACUGUGUUUGGUGUCGUCUGCCCUGAACCAGAGCUCACCCAUGAUGAAUGUCAAAAAGAAUGUUUGAAAUGUGCAGUGGUACAUUGUCAUUAUAUUUAAUUUCUUUCCACUGGAGCGAAGGGUGUAGUACAGCCCUUUUUUACUGCUUAUCUACCUCUUGUCUUGUACAUACAUGACUACCUCCCUUUGCACUGUGUUUGUGCAGUGUUACCUCAGACUCAGGGGAUGAGGUGAACACCUUUCUGUGUCAUGUCUGGAUGCCUCCGCUGCUCCUCGGUUUUUAAAUUUCUUUUCUCUCCGUUUUGAGGUGGAAAGAGUUUUUGUUUCACAUUGGUUUUGUUUUUCAGAGUGAUGGAUGCGGUGAAAACUACAAGUGCAUUAGAACCUGUCAAACAUAUUUAAGUUUUGUCAUACGUUUACUGUUUGACAUAUUCAGUGCACUGAACUGAAAGCUUUAAUAUGGCCUUAAUAUGCUGAAGGGCUUUGCAAAGAUAGAUAAGAGAUCCAAAGGCUGGAGAAAUUAAACCCAAAGAGUAUGUGGUGAUACAAUGGAAGUUGUAAGCCAGCCAAAAAAAUAUAGAGGAUGUAUAUUUAAGGUUCGUUUGCCAAAAAAAUGACAGUUCUUACCAAUGACGAUGUAAAUGUUCUUUAGAAUUGUGGUUUAAAUGCCUGUAAAUUGUCUUUAUUGCUUUAUCCUGGUCAAAGCUUUAGCACAAGUCUCCAUGGCUUGUGUUCUGUUUGCCUUCUAGACCAUUGCUGAAUGCAGCGGUGAUGCCACUGCUAAUAUCCAAAGAGUUGUCUGUUUCCUCAGAAGGGUAGGGCUUUAAAUUCAGUUGAUCCUUGGUGUGAUGAUGUGGGAAUAUCUCACUGACCAAAGUGUGUGUGUUCUACCAGUGACGGAUGCUUGUAUUUAUUCUCUUGGUCGGAGAAUCACCAGUCACUGUUCAGUAUUACUGCAUGAGGAAGAACUCAUCUCCCUCUAAUAUUUCCUGUCCAAGGUGAGACAAUGAAGAAUUCUGACUAUCAUCAAUGAAACCCUAUGUGUGAACAGCGACAUAAUCAUUUUUUAUACCUUUGUAAUACAAAUUAUCCUAACGAAACCAAAGAAACUUGAAGUCUCUGUUUUUUAGUGAUUUUCUUUGGUUUUCAUUUAACAUAAUUUGAAUUGAAAUGUGAUCGAUUUCAAAUGGUUUUGAUUACUAGAAAGGCUUUUUACAUAGUUCUUUUUUUUAAGCUUGAGAUGUCAAAAAUGAUUCUGUUGUCUUUUCUUAACCUGAUUUUGCCUGAGUUGUAAUUGCAAUACAUUCAAAUUCCAUUGAAAUUUUAGUUAUAUCCAUUCCCACUUUCCACUUUUAUUUUAUGUUUUGUUAAAUUAAAAUGGCAGUUUUUAUGUUCGGAUUUUGUCAGUUAAAAGGUUCAUUUAAAAAGCAACAACAUUUGUGCUGACUCUACUCAGGUGCUAAGUAUAGAUUUAGAAUGUAGAUUUUACUGUUAUUAUUUAAGUUAUGUUUUUUGAUAUUUCUGCUUUUGAAUACCAAAAUACAUCUAUGAAUAAUUGUGAGUAACAGAACAAAUUACUGUAUGUGUUGGAUUGUUGCAACGGAUGUUUUGACACUCUCAAGAUCAAUAAUAAAAUUCUUCUUGGAAAAAUACAAAGAAUGUCAUCUUCUUUGUGUCACUUUUUUUUGGUCAAAUGUCUGUGUAUUUUGUUUACCACAGAAAUGAUGCAGCA